AUGCUUUUUUUCAAGAUAUGCGUUACAUUGACCUUGUUAUCGCCCUUAUGAGCUAGUUGAUCGUGUACGGUGGAUUUUGUGUGCCAAGGGAGUCUCUUCUCUAGAUUCUAGUUUGGAUGUUUAGAAUGAUCACUUGGCGGGCUUUAUUAAUUAGUAAUUGAUAGUUAGGAGUCUAUGUCAUUGGUUCUGUUCAGUAAUCGGUUACAGUGAAGACAACUGUUCGCAUAGUUUCAUUCACAGUAUUAAAUUUCUGAAAAAGAAAGACAUUAAUUUAUAUGAAGCUUGAGGAACGUACAAAUGUCGAUGCCCGACACCACAUUAUUUCCUAGAGUUUUUUUCAAUUGUGGCUCUUCACUACUGAGAAGACCUUAUUAGAAUGUGUAUAACCGUUGGAUCGCUGCAUCGCCUCAGGGAUAAAAGGCUUUAUCCAUGCAUAGUCGGACUGACAGAAAAUGAAAUAUUGUGGAGAACUAUUGGCAGAGCCUCAAAUCGCGAUGUGAAGCCAAUAAAGCACAUUAGUUUUAAACAUUUCGUUGGUGUUUCUUCCCUGAAGCAUAUUGGUGACUUAAAGGACUCAAACAAAGUGUGCAAGUCAUUGAGAAAAAAAGAUGAAUACUUCGAACAUACUCGUGGAUUCGUCAUUUGGAGCAUCAGGAAGGCAGAGAAAUCCAAUUGGAAAGUCAGUCACACUGCAUUUUACUGUGAACAUGAGGAACAGGUGCCUAAGUGGACUGACGCUUUAGACCGCAGUCUACAAAAAAUAAACUCUUCUCGACCACGAAACUUGUUAGUUUUUAUCAAUCCAUUUGGUGGUGCAAAGAAGUCACAAGAAAUUUAUGCGAACCAAGUGGCACCAUUAUUUCAUAUAGCCAAAAUUGAAACAAAAGUUAUUGUUACAACACGCCGUGGCCAUUUGACAGACUACCUUUUGGAGAAUGUUUUGGAUUCGUAUGAUGGAGUAGUCUGUGUCGGUGGUGAUGGAUUUUUAGCAGAAGCUGUUCAAGGUCUAUUACUACACGAAAGGCGUAAGGCAAAUUUACCUCUGUUUGUUGAUCAUAAACCUGGAGAAAUUGAAUUGAAACCAAAGAUUCCACUCGGAGUUAUUCCAGCAGGCUCAACAGAUGCUGCGUGUUUUUCUAUUCAUGGUACUAAUGAUGUGGUGACUGCUGCUCUUCAUAUCAUUGCUGGUGAUGAUAUUGGUUUAGAUGUGGUUAGUGUUCAUGCAGGUGGAAAUGGCGCCUUUAUACGUUAUGCACUGACAAUGCUAGGAUAUGGAUUUCAUGCGGAUCUUUUACGUAAUGAUGACAAAUUACGUUGGAUGGGUCCACACAGAUAUGAUUAUUCAGGCUUUAAAACAUUCCUUCAGCAUGCAUCUUAUUACGGUGAAGUAUCUUUUCUGCCGUGUUCUGAUCCUAACAAUAAGUCAUCCAAUGGAACAGUUUGUUAUAGUGGAUGUUCUGUUUGCAAUUCAGAUGUGUCUGGAAAACUAGUGGUUGAUGUGGACACUCUAGCUGUCAACUGUUCACAUACUAAAUCUACUGAUGUAACUGUCACUAAUGAGUGUAAUUAUCACUUACCCAAUAAAUCAUCCUUACAUAGUGCUCGUAGUAAUAGCGAUCUAUCCAGUACAUCGGUUAGUUUAGAGAAUAGUCUACAAAGUAUUACAUAUUCACAAGCAAUUAUUGAUCACUCAUCAAUGGAUUCUGAUCUAGGCCAAAGUAUAUCAUCAACAAGUGAUAAUCGUCCAAUCCGUGAAAUACCUCAAUCUGAUUUACAGUGCAAUAAACAUUCCAUUGGUGAUGAUACAUCAAAUCCACAGAAAAAUACUUCCAAAGUUAAAAUUCAAUCUCUAGACUCUAACUUAUUGAUGAAGUGUACUCCAAAAGGACUAAAUGAAGGUUGGCAUACUAUUCGUAGUAAUUUUCUUGCUGUGAAUGCUUGUAUUCAAAGUUGUCGAUGUGCACGAGCUGUUUGUGGUCCUGCGCCUUGGGCACAUCUAGGCGAUGGUUGUCUUGAUUUAAUUCUAGUUCGAAAGUGUUCACAGCUUGAAUUCUUACGAUAUCUUAUGCGUAUAGCUAAAAAUCGUCAUAUGACACCAGAAGAGAAUCCUUUCAAUUUUCCUUUUAUUACGGUUCAAAAAGUUCGUGCUUUUCGUUUUGUUGCCUAUAAUAAUCAUUCGACCUAUGUGGACGACAGUGUUGAAAAACAUUUGAAUGAUAGACAAAAUGUUGUUAUUGAUUGUGGAAAAGCACACAAUGAUGAAUUGAAGUCAACCACUGAUGAUUCAUUUACUCAACCUCAACCAUUACCUCAUCACUCACACUUGUGUAUAAAAAAUUCAUCCUGUACGCAUAAAUCUUCCAGUCAAAGUUAUAAAAAAACAUCUCUUUGGUGUUGUGAUGGUGAAUUAAUUCAAAAAUCAAAUAUAAUUUGUUUUGUUCAUCGGAAAUUGAUACGCUGUUUUGGUCGAGGUCCGGAAAACGAUGCUUCAGCGGUAGGGAGUCACUUGAAUAUGAUCUUAGAAAAGCAGGGAUUUUAUAAGCGAAUAUUUGAAUCUAUGGAAAAGGGGAACAAUACAUACGAAUAGUGAUUUAUUUUGUUGCAAUCCUUAUACACAUAUCUCUUCUUUAUAUAUGUGUAUGUAUCUUUCUUUUUUGAUUUUAUUCCCCUGUAUUUCUUUCGUUUUCCACACUCCUACUAUGUUUAGUUGUGAGUCACUGAGUAUGUUUAAAGAAAAUGUUCCUUGAUUAAAUAUAGGCAUGGUUUGCACCAAUUACACUUCCUCUAUUAUCUCUUCAUAUAUGUAUACUUUUAUGUACAUAUUCUUCAAAUUGCUGUACUGUGAUUUAUUUUUUAUGUUUCUUAUAUUCAUGCGCAUACAUAUUUAUGUGCCUGAAAUCUCCAUGCCAGUCAGGUUUCUUAAUUCAGUAUGGAAUUGUAUAUAGGUUAAUACUAUUUAUUCCUGUAUCUUUGUUAAUCAAUAUUUAUCGAUUUAAUCUGUAUUCCGUACGUCAUUAUAUACUUACAACUACUGAAUUGUAUGAAUCUUCAAGUCUUAACUUGAUAUUUAUCCUUAUCAAAAUAUACAUAUCUAAUAGUUGAAA